AUGGCCAGCACCUUUCACGAUUUCUCCAGACUAUCCGCAGAGCUUCGGGCAAGUGUCUGGAAAUACGCCCUUGAUUGUGAAACGCACUCAGAUGAGCCUCUUCCUGGUCGAGCAAUCGAGUUCCUUGACUACGAUCCAUCCGCAGGCACAAUUGCUGUCAGCAUCUCGAGCCCGUAUCCCGUCUUGUUCGCAGUCAAUCGCGAGGCACGAUACGAGUCCGCGAAAAUCCAGGGCGGCGAAUGGGUUCCAGUUCAUGUUAACCACGCCAGCUACACAGGGACCUCCCGUGACAACGGAUUCGACAUCUGCAUCAAUUUUAGUAUCGAUAACAUCGAACUUUCCGAGCGAUUCCUGUCCGCCAACAUGAGAGAUAGCUGGAGUGUAGGCAUGCCGACGCCUGAGAACUACCGUCUCAACGUACUAUCGCAGAUCCUCGACCUCGACAAGUUCAAGAAGAUCGAGACCCUCGUCAUCUCAGCAAACCCGCCUGGUUCAGCACAUCGUCUCGAAACCAACGCGUGGUGGAGAGGUGAGGGACUUGGGACUUUCUAUCCAGGACAUCUGAAGAACGUCAUCGUGUCCAUAACCGCACAGCACAACCACAAAUCGGAUAUUCAGGACUACGCCGUAUGGCUCCAGAGUAUACUGGAGGACGAAUUGGAAAAACGAUGGGUGAUUGAUGGCUGGGAGAGCCAUCAUCCUGUGGUCAGCAUGGACGUCAUCCAGAACAACGAAGCUUGA